UGGACGGAGAAGAGUUCAUGAGACAGACUAUUUCGUUAAUCAGCUAAUCGACGAAAGCCAGGCCGAACUUUCACAGCCCCUAGUUCCCGCCGACGGAGAACCGCGGCCGAUUCGAUCGCCGGAGAUUUGCCGUUCUCUUCACCUAACCCGCAUACACAUCCUUUCUAUAGUUUGGUUUGGCUUCUCCAUUGGUGAAAUCGAAUCAGGAUGGGGUUUUUCGUGACUACCCUCAUUUUCGCGGUGAUUGGAGUCAUUGCGUGUCUCUGUACCAGAAUCUGCUGCAAUAGAGGGCCUUCCACGAAUCUGCUCCACCUAACACUGGUUGUUACUGCAACUGUAUGCUGUUGGAUGAUGUGGGCAAUCGUGUAUCUUGCACAGAUGAAACCACUCAUAGUCCCAAUUUUGAGUGAAGGGGAGUGAAGUAUUACGUGCAAAGCAUCCAUUCGUGGAGGAUUCAAUGGAAACAAAGAGCCAUCUUAUUCAUCUCAUAUUUGUAUGUAAUUUCAUUGUCGGUGAAUAACUUCAGACUGGUUUUGCUGUAUUGUUGUUGGUUGGCACCAUGCUGUUAGAACUUCUAGGGGUCUCUCAUUUUCAGUUUCAAGAUCUGCAUGUAUGUGAAGCUUGGGUGAAAAAAUUUGCUGAGGGGCAGUUUGUAUCUUGAAAAGUUAGUAAUAAUAAAUCCACAUCACAUGAGUGAGAAGAAUUACAAUGUUCA